AUGAACGACUGGGAAAUUGGUGGAACACAGAACAAAUGGGUUUGUCCUAGCGAUAGGCAUCUACAGCUCAGAGCGCAAUUAAAAAGUGGUUGGAGUGUUCGCACGGCGACGGCGCGAUCACCGACCAACUCAAAGCAACAGAACGGCGGUAUUACGGAGGCUGAACAAGAGCAUAUCAAAGCCGUUUUGGCAAGAGCCGAAGCUGGCCGACUUACUGAACAGCAGCGUAUUGGGAAAAUGGUCGAUAGAUUGGAAAAAAUGCGUAAUCGUGCAACAGGAAAUGGCGUAACUCAGUGCCUGCUUUGUUCGACUGACUUUGGUUUAUUAGCGUCAAAAAGUUAUGCGGCGAUGUGCUCCGAUUGUCGAAAGUAUGUAUGUCAAAAGAAUUGCGGCGUUGAAACGUACGAUUCAGUACGUCAUCAAAAUAUCUUCCUUUGCAAAAUCUGCAGCGAGUAUCGAGAGGUAGUAAGAUCGAUGGAUAAUUUGAAGAUGUGGAAGAAGUCUGGAGCGUGGUUCUAUAAGGAGUUACCAGAUUACAUAAGGCCAGUUGAUAAUGGUGAAGUGCGAUCACCGCCGUUCAACUCAAAAACAUGGCAGCAUCACAGCAAAGCGUCCUCCUCAUCGAAUGGUGCCACCAGCUCACAUCGCCAUCGCCAACUACCCAGCACACCUGAUCAGAAUAAAUUUUAUUGCAGUAGAACGAAGUCACCACGUCCACGUAUCACGCCUUCAUGGGUCAAGGAAAAGGUGCAGUCAUCGAUGAGUAUUGGUACGGAUGAUGAGAACGUUUCAACUUCGGAAGGUGAAGGCUUCUCAUCGAAAGAUGAACUGCAGAAGUCUGCCAUGCCUGUACCACGACGAUCCCGUCCUCAGAAGCACAAUUCAUUGGGUAAAUCCUCACUUCAGAGGUACGUCAUUGGAGGACGAAGUCACAUUACAGAUACCGAAGAGAGUGGUGAUUCGAGACAUACGUCGCCGUCAACAUCACCCAGGCACUCGCCGUCCUCUUACGGCGAUGACCUUUCGCAGAAUCCAUCUUCUAUCAUCGCAUCUGAUGCUAAAUCUAUCGAUUCCGGAGUUGUUCCGAGUGACCAUUCGGCGUUCACAAACGCGCAACUCUCGAUCAGUCACCAUUCAUCGAUGAUACUCGCAUCGAGCACCACCAACACGUCUUCAUCUCCAACCCAACCAGUCCUUCCACAACCCGCUUCCAUUAACGAACCGGAAUUAGCGUGUAGUAUUUCACCGUUACAUACACCUUCCAGAUCGCCGUCUCUGGUGCUUCCACCUCAGCUAUGUUCUCCCAUAUCGUUAGCAGAAUCUCAGUUCAUUCGAAACAUCCCAAAUCGAUCAUCAAGCGAUAUGCUAAGUACAUCAACUCCUCCAUCAUUUCCAACAGAGCCACCUCCAAUACCGCCUCGUAAUAAUUCAAAGGUAUCCUCCUUACCAGAUCGAUGUCUAAGUAUUACCUCAUCGACAUCAUCGAUCCAUCGUAAUCCCCUCAAAACAACAUCGAAUCGCGAAAGCUUUCAAGACACUUCUGAGAAUAUUAAACAGGAUGAACCAACCACAUCGUUCAUGAGUUCACCAGAGGAUGAAUUAAGUACACUGGGUUCCAUUCAGUUUGAUUUGUUGUAUUUACCGGAUGAAAACCAGCUCAAUAUUAAGCUUAUACAAGCGAGGAAUUUAAAAGCAAUGGAUAAAAACGGCUUCUCGGAUCCGUAUGUGAAAUUCUACUUAAUUCCGGGUGCAGCUAAGGCAACGAAAUUAGCAAGUAAGACAAUUGAAAAGAGCUUGAAUCCCGAGUGGAACGAGGACUUCACUUAUUACGGUGUCACCGAGGAUGAUCGUUUGAAGAAAACACUUCGAAUCACCGUUCUCGACCGAGACAGGAUCGGCUCGGAUUUCCUCGGCGAAACACGUGUUGCUCUCAAGAAACUCACUCCGGGACAGCCAAAGAAGUUCAAUAUGUAUCUGGAGCAUGCAAUGCCUGUUGAGAAGAGAUUCGAUAGUGACGAACGCGGUAAGAUUCUCGUUGGAUUAGUGUAUAGCGUUCAACAGGGAUCGUUAUUCGUUUCGAUAAAGCGAUGUGUUGAAUUAGUUGGGAUGGACUCGACCGGCUUCUCGGAUCCAUAUGUCAAAGUUGCACUCAUCCCUUUAACCUCAAAAACGCAUCGUCAAAAAACAUCAACAAAAAAGAGAACUCUAAAUCCAGAAUUCAACGAAACUCUCUCAUUUGUUGUUCCAUUCAAAGACUUACCCAAGAAGACAUUACAAAUUGGUGUUUAUGAUCGUGACGUUGGCAAACAAGAUGAUUACAUUGGUGGUAUUCUUCUGUCGGCGUCAGCAAAAGGCGAUCGCCAAAAACAGUGGAUCAAUUGUGUGCAGAAUCCGGGUAGUUCUAGUGAAUACUGGCAUAAACUCGAGUUGGAGUCAUGA